UAGGAUAAGACUCGGUGACGCUAUUCAGCUUGUGGUUGCUUGACUGUCUGGAGCAGAGAGAACUCAUGGCGGGAGCUCUGCUAUAUUUGAGGUCUCCUGUAACAACAGCAGCCUCUUCGUCGUCUACUAAAGAGAAAGAAUUUGACAAUGUUCAUAAAAUUCGGCUCCCAGAUAAGACACGGAAUUCUCGAGUUUUGAUUCUGGGUGGUACGGGUCGUGUCGGAGGAUCCACGGCCAUUGCACUCUCCAAUCUCUGCCCUGAACUCCGCGUCAUUAUUGGUGGUCGUAACAGGGAAAAAGGUGAUGCCAUGGCAGCUAAACUGGGGAAGAAUUCUGAGUUUGCUGAAGUGAAUAUUGACGAAGUAGAGUCACUGAAAACAGCUUUAAGUGAUCUUGUAGUCCACACAGCAGGACCUUUUCAACAGGCAGAGAAGUGCACGGUUCUGGAAGCUGCCAUAGAGACCAAGACAGCAUAUAUUGAUGUUUGUGACGACACAAGCUACGCAUUUAGAGCAAAAUCUUUCAAGGAUAGAGCCAUAGCUGCAAAUAUUCCUGCCAUAACUACUGGUGGAAUCUAUCCGGGAGUGAGCAAUGUGAUGGCAGCAGAGCUGGUUCGUGUAGCAAGAAGUGAAAGCAAGGGCGAGCCAGAGAGGCUAAGAUUCCACUACUACACAGCAGGCACUGGUGGAGCUGGUCCUACUAUUUUGGUGACUAGCUUUUUGCUUCUUGGAGAGGAAGUUGUUGCAUAUAAUAAAGGAGAAGAGAUCAAACUAAAGCCUUACAGCGGAAUGCUGAAUAUUGACUUUGGAAAAGGGAUUGGAAAAAGAGAUGUUUAUCUAUUGAACUUACCAGAGGUGAGGAGUGCUUACAAAGUACUAGGGGUACCAACUGUCAGUGCUCGAUUUGGCACUGCACCGUUUUUCUGGAAUUGGGGAAUGACAGCCAUGACAAAUUUUCUUCCUAUGGAAUUUCUAAGAGAUCGCGACAAAGUCCAAAGAUUGGUUCAAUUGUUUGAUCCCCUAGUUCGAGCAGUUGAUGGGAUUGCUGGAGAGCGUGUGUCCAUGAGGGUUGAUUUGGAGUGCACAGAUGGACGCCGUACUGUUGGUAUAUUUAGUCACAGAAGGCUUUCAGUAUCUGUUGGAACUGCUACAGCUGCUUUUGCCCUUGCAAUUCUUGAGGGAAGCACACAGCCCGGGGUUUGGUUUCCGGAAGAGCCUGAAGGGAUAGCAGUUGAGGCAAGGCAAACUCUUCUUGAGCGUGCUGCACAAGGAACAAUUAAUUUUGUAAUGAACAAGCCACCAUGGAUGGUGGAAACAGACCCAAAAGAGCUUGGAUUAGGAAUAUACGUGUGACAACACUUAAAAGGAGAAACAUUAGAAGGUACUGGAAGUCAACAGAUUUGUUCAAGUACCAUCCAUGUGCAGAACAGCAUCCAACUGAUGAUUGCUUGCCAGAAGAAAACAAAUGAGAAAUGUUAUGUAGCCAUUAUCUCUAUGAAAUUCAAUUUUUUAUUCUUUCCAGAAAAACAUAUAACAUUUCGUUACAUUUUUUUACAAGUUAUUGAAUAUACGGUCAAAGAUACCAAUUUUUAAAGCUAAUUUCUUGUUUCCUUUC